AUUUUCCUUAAUCUUUCGCUACUUUUUCCUCUUUUGAUUUCGACUUCAUUCUUUCGUCUUCUUAAUCUACAGGUCGUUGGCUGUAGCGAUCGUUUUGCCAAAUCAAACGACGUUGGUAAACCUCACGUGUUGCGUCCUCGUCAUUACACUCCCUUAAUAUCUUAAUUCAUCCUUCAGAGAUUAACAUCGUUUACCCGAUACGACUUUUUUUUUUUCUCACGAACUUACUUUCGCUCGCGUUAUCUUUUUUUUUUUUUUUUUUUUUUUUUUUUUUUUUCUGUCUUUUUCGAUCUCCCAUCUACGACCACGAGUAUGGACACUGGCGGUCUUGCUCAAAUGACUUACAACUCUUCUUUCAACAAUGGUGGUUCCAUUGGCGUUCCGAGUUCCAGCUUUUCCUCUCGCGGAAAGGGUUCUCACAUCAAACGCCUGAGUGUUCCGCCUCCUCAUAUUUCUACGAUCGACGAAUCUCAGCCGUCUGCGCCGCUUCAAACUCCUCGUACCAGCCGCUCUCAUCUGCUGGCUGGCUUGAGGACUGCCCCAAAAUCUGCGACGAUCCCUUCUACGCACCAGCAGCAGAUCGGUCAGGACAACCGUCGGUAUGCUGUUCGUCCCGACCGAGCUGCUGAGCGUGUGCCGCAGACCGCGACGGGAACUGGAUUUCCCCGCCACUCGUUCGCGUCGAAUCAGAAUGUAGAUACGAACACAGGUCGUCCGAUGUACACCCUACCGGAGCAGGUGCUCGCACCUCCGGUUCUCGACGUUGGCGCCGAUCUGCCCAUGGAUGAUAACUUGUACGCGGAAAUGAUGUCCACCAACUUGUUCUUGGCAGCCCAGCAGCAACGCCUGCAACAACAACUGAUCAGCGUCACCACGGCGGCUCAGCAGUUCCAGGGUCUCAGCCUGGGAAUGCCUGUUGCCUCGCAGCAAUCUCUUCCGUCCCUUUCUCUGCCUGGUAUGGGCUUCUACCAGCAGCAGCUCCAACAGGGAGUGCAGCCGAUUGUUCAGCCGGUUCUUGGCCAGCCUGGUCUCUUUUCUGUCUUUAACCCCCUCACUGGUCAGCAAAACUACAUCUAUGACAAUUCCGCCCAGCAACAGCAGAAACAGCAGCAGCAACAUGAUGCUGUUUCUUCGCUUUACCAGGAAGAGCAGAGAGAUCAACCCCAAGAAGGCCUGCACGUUCCUACUUUCCGUGCUGAAGUUUCCCCUCCGCCGGAGUCGAGACAGCCGCAGCGCUCUGUUUCUCCCCCUAAGUCCAGUCCUUCCCCUCCCCAGGAAGUUACUCCCUUGCCCCCGCCGUCUGCGAGCGCCUUCCGAAGAGGCCACAAGAAGAGCUCGUCCUUCGCGCCCAGGGCGCUUGACACAGCCAAGGCCAACAACACUGCCGUGAACAGUGCUGUUCCCAAGACCGCCGCAUUGCCUCCGAAGACCUCCGCAUUGCCCCAAACGCCAGCCACUGGAACCUUCGGUCCCGGACAAGGACGUGCGGGUGAGCACCCGAUUCGCCAGCCUCGCGGACCGCCCUCGAUAGAGGAGCUGGUAGCGAAGCCAACUUCAAAGCACGAAGGUAGCAAGAACUUCGCGACGCGUCAGCGACGCCGCGCUGUUCACAACCUGGUGCGCGCGGGAAUCGAGCGACGCGGAGAGACUCGCAGUUUCGGAUACCACAGCAGUGGAGGCACCAACACCCCAGCGAGCGAGAAAGAGUUCACCUUCUCUGAUAACGACGACGCUACUGUGCGUAGCGGCAGUCUGUCCAGUAAGCCCAGCUUGGGCAGCCUACGUGCCGCGGCUAAUGGCGCCAUUGGUUCCGAGAGGAAGGAAAGAUCUUCUCGGGAGCGCAAGUCGGAAAGCCCUUACAGCGGUACUCCCACUAGUGAGGACGGUGGAAGCUUCUUUGGUCCCUCCGGCAAGUUCGCGGACGUCCGUGCGGAUCACGGUUCGUCACCGACAGGAACGCCUUCUGUUGCUGCAGUGGUUGCUGGACAGAAGGCGGCAGCUCCGGGUCCUGAGAGACGCAAGACUCCGAUGCUUGUGUUAUCCAGCGCCGAAAAGCGCAAGACUCCGAUUGUUUAAUAUGGCACAACGUCAUUGUAAUGUGACAAAGAGACUUAACGGACAUACUGGUGUAUGAUUUUGAAUUUUGCUUUUAUCGUUCGCUAUUUUUUUGCCUUCUGAAUUACAAAUGUUGACACUGGAAAUUGUCUUCUAUAUUUUUCUUUCAAGUGUGUUUUGGACAUAUGCACGCUUUCAUCCAAAUCUUGAUAUGAUUUUUCUUACUCAAUUUUAUUAUUUCGAUUCUAUUCAUUCUUUUGUCUCCAUUACUCCAAC